AUGUAUUUUCGUCCAAUUCGAUUAUUUAAACUGUUUAUUAUAGUUACUUGUGUGAUUAUAAUUACCUAUGAAAUCUAUCGUUUAUUAUUACGUCCAAGAAACAAAUUAUCAAUAAUAAAAAAUUAUGAUGUUCCAUCGAUAUUAUUUUCCAAACAAGAUUUUGAACAAAAUUCUUAUACUCUUGAACCAUUUUAUAUUUCUUUACCAAAUUUUUCUGAUGAUGAAGCAAGAAAUUGGUUUUAUAGUUCGUCAUAUUAUAAAGCUUAUUCAAAAAAAUGUCCACUUGGUUCAUGUGAAGAAAAAGGGUUUUUUUUUAAUGAUACAAAAGAGCAUCUUUCAGUUAAUAUUUUUCUUGUUAAAAAUGGACUUUAUUUAAAUGAUGAAUGUGGUUAUAAUUAUAAAGAUGAUGCUAUUCAACGUACAUUUAAAAAUUCUGAUGAAGUUACCGUUAUUUAUGAUAAAGCUAUUCUUUAUACUGUUCCAGAUGGUUGGAGUUUUCAACAUUUUCUUGAUGGUAUUGGACCGAAAUUAUCUCAUUCAAGAUCUUACUUACAAAAAUAUCCUGAUGCUAAAGUUAUUAUUUUGCAAGGUGUGCGAUUUGAUCGAUCUGUUAAAGAAAUUUGGUCAAUGCUUGGUUCGUAUCUUUUUUAA